GCGAGGCAAACUACGAGGCAGACUCAAAUCUACAUGCUUAUUGCAAUGAAACCUCCCUGAUUUCCGUCCUUUCUCAAAAUGUCCGGACAGCUUGAACAGACGUCCAACCCUUUCCGAGCUUCCCCAGUAUCGCUUGAUGGGUUCCCAUCUCUUGCUAGUUUUAUUGCUAGCGACAAGGAUCGUACUUCGUUGAUCUUCCGAAGGUUUGACAGGCUUGCUGCCAGGAACAUACUCUACCUCCAAAGUGAGCUGGUUGAGCUAGAAGCACUCCAGGAUCAGUAUGACCGGGAAGACCAGAGCAUCGAUGGCGGGGACCUUCACACGAAGAGAUGUGCAAUGGACUGGGAAGAGUUUAAAGGUUCAGCAAUGCCAACUGGAGUAGAGAAGCAGCAACGCCGCAUGAAGCUCGUAAAGGACAUACGUGCAAAAAUGAAAGAAUACCGCAAAGCCUUACUAUCUGAGAGCUUACUGGCCAGUCUGGAAGCGCCACCAGAUCGCAACUUCGAAAGCCUGAUGUAUGCUUCCACCCGACCGGUCAACAACACAGACCAGCGUGACUCCAUAUUCGGUGGGCAUAGCGCAACGCUCUACAGUAGCAACGACGACAUGGUUUUGCUCAAACAUCCAGAGCACAGGGAUAGGUUAACUUCAUUUGUGGAGAAGCACAUGCCGAUUUUCUUCAUUUCAGAACGAUCCAACGACGAUAUGGCGUUCGUAUCGCAGAGAAGCAUUUCCCGGUUCGUAACGAUAGUCAGUAUUGUACUGUCUAUUGUCCUCUUGUUCAGUGCCAUAGUGGCUCUGUAUCUAGUCUCAAGUCCAGCUAAAAAACUUGUUAUUCUGGGGUUGUAUGUAGUCUUGUUUGCGAGUAGUGUAGGAUUACUAACCACGGCGAAGAAGACCGAGAUUUUUGCCGCAACAGCAGCAUAUGCCGCUGUGUUGGUGGUUUUCGUAAGCGGUAGUCUUGGGUCGGAAUCAUUGAGAUAGUGUUACUGUAUCUAUGCUCACUAUACACGUGUUUGCAAUAUUAACGUAGGUUUUAUACACCAAGAGCCUAUAAACCUUAGUAAGUUCCAGAAUUUUACUACAUAAAGUUAUACUCCCUGCUACGCACUAAGG